UACUAAACUCCUGAGCAAUCUAAACAUUCUGCCCCCCCCCCACCCCCACUCCGCCCAUUUCCAAUAACGUUUUGCCAGCCCUAUUCAUACUGCUGAUGUUUUCAUCUUGGCUGCUGCUCAACCAAUCAAUUUAACUGGCUGCUCAACUAAUGAUCGAUAAAAAUCAAACCCAUUACCUUUUUAGUGGAAAAUUAGAUAUCAAGAUAUUUCUUGAAAACUUAGAAAUUUCAUUAAGCCAAUGAUUUGCUCUUUGGGAAGACACUAUUUUAUUGCAGCUUUUUAUGUUUGAAAGGUUUAGUCAUCCACCAAUCAAUAGCGAGGUCCCAGAUUAUCAUUGUUAUGCAGUUUAGUGAUAAACACACUGCAAGUAUACUUUAUGCAGAUAAAUUCAACCCUAGAAAUUCAUACACUAUUAUGCUAUUAUGAUAACUUCUCGAUCACAACCUGCCGUUAAAUCUCCUUUGCUACAUUCUCCCCCACUUCAAAGUCCUUUGGCUAGAAAACGAUAAAUUCCCUUUCCAACAAUGGCAUGAUUUUCUUCUACCUCUUAUCCUACGUCAGAGUUAAAUUUUCAGUUAAAAUGAUGCGGAGAUUACGGAUUUUAGAGCCUCCUUGUUAAUCUUUUUUGCCUACGUCUACAUCCCUGGUGGUAACUAAUGAGAACUAGAAACAACAUUCCAAAAGCCUAUUGAGCAAAUCUUAAAUGUGUGGCCGCAGAAAACUCUUGUGAAACAGGUUGACUUAAUUUGUUUUUAGGGCCAUUUGCGACUUAUUUGCCCGGGCUCAAAAUUUGGAGCAACUCCGCCCCUUGGUCUCUCAUAUAUUUGCAUUUAGAAACUUUUUAAAUGAUAAAUGAUUAGCAACAUGGACUCCACAAGAAAUAUUUGCGUACUUUCCAGUUGCUCAUGUUUGUAAACAGUUUUGCAGAAUCUAUCAGUUCCAAAAGCCAGACCGACGUUUUAUUCCGUGACUUUUUCAAGGCUUUUGAUAAGGUUUCUUACGAUAAAUCAUGGUUAUAGCAACGCAGUAACGGUAUACGGUGACAAAUUAUUAUGUGGAUUAAAUUUUUUUUACUGGUAGAACUCAAAGAGUCGCAAUGGAAAGAGAAUAGUUGCCUCCUUGUAAUUUGAUCUUGGUGUUCCUCAAGGAUCUGUCCUUGGUCCCGUAUUCUUCCUUAUGUUCUUUUUGACAUUGUUAACGACGUUUCUUUUGAAAAAAAUACUUUUUGCUGAAGGAUCAAAACAAUAGAGGACUCGUUAACAUUGCAAAAUUAUUUGAUCAAGCUUUCUGCAUGGAACCGUCUUCGAAAUAUAAAAUUCAAUUUUAGCAAAUCCUGUUCUAUGACAAUUACGUUAAAAAGAAAUACCAUUCAAAAUGAUACCACAUUUCUGGUAUGACACCAAUCAAAAGUCGAGUUAUAUAAAUACUUCGGUAUUUUUUUGCAAGGACUUACGCUGGAAAAAAAUUAUUUAUCAAACAGUAGGAGAGGCAAAAAGAUCUCUUGGCUUAAUUCGGAAAUAUGUUUCUAAGGUUCAGAUCACACUAUACCGGACUGCUAUCAGAGCGAAGUAACUUUGAUAUCGGAUAGGAAUUAGAGUUACACUAGGCCACACCAAUCCGGUACACAACGCGAAAAUCACUUCGCUCUGAAGGUGAUACGAAAAUCACUCUGAAGUAACUCCGUAGCGGAGCGUUGUAGUGUAAUAAUAAUAUAAUAAUAAUAAAUAAAUAAUCUGUUUAAAGUUGGCGUACUAAAUGAACGUCUAAUUCCUAUAAAGAAGCUUAUUAAGGCCAACUAUCUAUGAAGAAUUAGUAUAAUAUAUAUAUCUGGUACAAUGUUAAAAAUGUUUAAGGUUUAAUAUUCUAAAUAAAACCUAACCAAACAAUAAAUGUUUUACACAAUCUACAGUCGCAUUCUACAGGGUGUGCUCUUAAUUCUUUUUUAAAUGUUGCCAAUGACUGGGACUGUCUUAUACUGUGAGGUGGUGUUUGCCACAGUUUUUGACCUAAAUAUCUCACAGUUUCUAUACCAUAAGAAGUUGUCCUGGCUUUUUGAUUUCACUCAUGAAACUAGGGUUCAGGUAAUGUUUGGUUUUUUAUAUUUCUAUCAUCAAGUACUGUAGAUUGCGUUGGUGAAUCGAUACUGCAUUGUCCAAUGUCAACAAUGCUUCGUAGUCAGCAUGACUGUCUUUAUAAGCAAUUCUGAGUGCUCUUUCGUGGAUUUUGUUCACUUUAGCAUUCAGAAAUCUGUCAUGGAACAUCCAAAUUAGGGGGCAUUAGUUAAACUGAGCUUUAUGAAGCUGUUCGUUAGAAGACGCAGUUUAUCAGAACCCAUAAAUGGCGAUACUCUAGCAAGGGCAUGCAAUUUUUGGCUGGCUUUUUUGCAUAAAUUUGAGACGUGACUUUUGAAAUUAAGAUUUUAAUCUGUUAUUACUCCUAGCAGUUUUUCUUCAGAGCUUUCUUCAACUGAAAAACUUUACCUAAGAUCAAAAUGACUUUGCCGAUUUUGAUCUUAAUGUCAUCUUGGUUUGUUCGAAAAGUAAGAAGAUGACUUUUCCCUUCAUUCAAUUUCAUUAAGUUUUCUGGAAAUCACUUUGAUAAAACAUGGGCAUCAAUUUCUAGCCGUUCUAAAACGAUGUAAUCGCAUGAAUCCGAUAUACUCCCGCUUUGAAACAAAGAAUUUUCUAAUUGUUUUCUGCUUGAAGCAAUUCGAUCGUUAGUGAAUAAUGGCGAUUUCUGAGAUUUUGUUGCUGUUGGAUAGUGCCCAACGAAAAUCGUCCAAACAUUUUCGUAUUUGGAUUUCAUUUCUUUCCAAAUUUCAUUGCAGUUGCCCUUGGACAAAACAGAUACACAUAGCAACGCAAUCUUGCUAUCUCUCAAUUUUCAGGGUUGUUUUCGUCAUUUUAUGCAGUAGUUACUGAAAACGAAUACUACGGCGCAACUUCAGAAAGACCCUCAAAUAAUUUAAUCUGGUGCAUUCUACGCAUGGGUUUACAAAAGUACACUUCAUUGUUUACCAGAAAUGCAGAGGAAUGCGGGCGUAUGAGCCAGCGGAGCGUCGUAGUGUAACUGCUACCCCAAACAUCACUCCGAAGUAAACGUUACUCUGCUCUGCUCCGAUAGCAUUCCGGUAUAGUGUAACUCUAACCUGAGUGUUAACGCCAGGUGCGAGAAAAACUUUACCUUGCGCUAUGCGCCUGCGAAGUCUGGUUGCGGUAUACUUAAUGAACUGAAACAAAGAAUCCAAAAGGUUCAAAGAAAUGGAGCUCAUUUUGUUAUGGGAGAUUUCCGUUAUUGAUCUGGUAUGACAGAUUUGUUGCUAAAGUUAUAUUGGGACUUACUUGAAUCACGCACAUUGCUAUUGCAACUGGAAUACGUUAACAAACUGUUUGCAAAUCAGGUUGCUUAGGAUCUAAUACUCCUCCUCCCCCCACCCCUGAAACUUGUCCAGUGACAAGGACUUGUCAAGAUCAUGCUCCAAAUUCGGGAGGGUUGAUGUUGAAAGAUUAUCAAUUUUCAUUCAAUCUUUCCAGUAUGAAGAACAGCCUGCCAGACAAUAUUGUGACGCAGAUAAAUUCGGAUUCCUUUUAUAGCCUAUGUUGAAAUCACCUCAGUAAAUUUUAACAUUGUAGUUGACAUUGUAGUGGAAAAGCUGACAUUGCAAACAUUUGCAUGAACCCAAAAGGGCUGUUAAUUGUAUGUUUGAUGAUGUUGAGCCAUUUUGAAAUUCUGUAAUUGCCAGAAACUUUUAUCAUAAGAAUCAACAUAAUUUGGUUUUUGUAAUUUUUGAUAACCAACACAUUCAUAGUAAGAAAUUGUCAAAAGAAUUCUUGUGACGUUUUUGUGCGCACUCACACAACAUUAUCUCUGAGGAAAUCAGGCUUAGGUUGUUAGAAAAUGUCCUGUUGCCUGUCGUUGCGAGAACCCAAGCCAUUAGUAAAAUUUGAUUGAGAAUUAUGUUGGCCUGCUGAGUCUCUAAGUAGAAAAGGUCUUAGCUUUGGAAGUAAACGAGGAAAGAUUGAGCUUAAUACUGAAUACUUUAUAAUAAUUCAUUCUUCGCUCUUAGCAUAAAGUACAACGAAGACCUUUAAGAAAUGCAACUAGCUUAGCUAUUAAUUAUUCAGUACUUCUUUACGUGCUAUAAAGGCUUCACACGUUUCAAAGUUGUCAGUCGUCUCUAGUUCUUACAGCAGUAAAAAAAGCUUACUUGAUUUUCAAUGUUGCAGAUAUCGCUCCUCUUUAGAAAGUGACCGGUUGUUGUGGCUUAUGGUUCAAAUUUACAGAAUGCAGAAUACCUCAUUGAAUGAAACUGUUAGAUGUUCUACAGGUAUACCGUUUCCCCGGCCAAAUAGUGGAAAGUUUUACGCAUCGACGAUAACGGAAAUUGUAUUUCUCAUAUCAACUUCGGCUUUUAGCAGCAUUCUUAAUGCCGUUAUUGUUGUCUCCCUCGUACGAAAAGAGCAGCUUCGAACGCCAGCAAACCUUAUCUUAACGAGCAUGGCUGUGAGCGAUUUUCUUGUUGGAUUUCUGUCAGAACCAAUCGCAGUAACUCGUCGCAUCUUUGAUAUUUACGGUUAUCCUUCUUGCUUAUUUCAGAGGAUGAAUUUGUUCCUUGGGUCUGCCUGCGUUCCAGUAUCGUUUAUUAAUAUAACAAUUUUUGCUUUUGAUCGGUGUUUUGCAACAGUGUUUCCAUACAGGUAUAUAAGAUACGUUACAUAUAAAAAGUAUUUGAUUCUGGUGCUGCUUGUAUGGAUUGCUAUCGUACUUCUUUCAUCGCUUUCGUUCUUCAAGGUAGUUACUCAGGGUUCAGUGGAGUUGAUAUAUUCAUUUCUUUUCUUGACAUCUCUCGUUCUUUGUUUCAUUUCAUAUAUAGUAAUAUACCGUACCAUAAGAUCAUUGACGAAAAGAACGGCUACAGUUGCAAUUGCUGAAAGUAUUCCAAGAAACCGUGAUUUAAAAUUGGUUGACAAUGGGGUGUCUCGCCACUUAAAUCAAGGUGCUACUUCAAGAAUUGAAAGACUUGAGAUAAGUGUGGUGAACAACGAAGAAGGUGGAAGCCCAGCCGCUAUCACUACCAACAUACGCAAUUUAAAAGGAGAGAAGUCAAGGUCCUGGACAGCAUUCAUUCUAUUAAGCGUCUUUUAUCUGUCUUACUUGCCAUAUUUCAUCUUAGGAAGGGUUUUUGAGCGGGUACAAGUAGAUGAAACUUCAAAGUAUAUAGCCAGAUUCUGGACGAUCAAUAUCAUUUUUCUUAAUAGCUCUUUGAAUCCAAUCAUUUACUGUGUAAGGGUACAAGACAUUCGGCUUCAGUUGAAAGCUACAGUAGCAGCUUGCUUCUCUCUAGUCAGACCAGCUGGAGAACUUUAUUGACUCAUUAACCUCAACUGCAAUUCGAAUGAGUGAAACAAACGAAUAGACGGGAAUUCAAAUAACAUUGAACGAUGGGGGAAACAACCGAUGUUUGGUCUCGUUAAAUGUAAAGCUUUUCUUGAACUGUAUUUCGUGACAUUAAAAAAUAAUAUUGUUAUGACACGGCUGCCUUCAG